UAACCAACUUCGUCUCUUCAUCUCUACUAACAAUUACCGGAAACAAAAGCACACGAAUUUUCAAAUCUCCUCCUCUCUCUCUCUGUUUUCCUCGUAGAUCCCUCUGUUUCCCUUUCUGUCUUUCGAAUCUGAAGAUCAUGUGUGAGAACGCCAUGUCAGGUCAUCUCAAGAAACUAACGAUCGACACAGGACGUUCAGAGACUCUCGUGGUCUGUUUCGGUGAAAUGUUGAUCGAUUUUGUGCCAACGGUGGGAGGUGUUUCGCUCGCUGAAGCACCAGCUUUCAAGAAAGCUCCAGGAGGUGCACCUGCUAAUGUUGCUGUUGGUGUCUCUAGACUCGGUGGCUCCUCUGCUUUCAUUGGAAAGGUUGGUGAUGAUGAGUUUGGAAAAAUGUUAGCUGAGAUUCUAAGGCUGAACAACGUGGAUAACUCUGGGAUGAGAUUCGACCACAAAGCACGUACUGCUCUCGCCUUUGUUACGCUAAGAGGUGAUGGAGAGAGGGAGUUUCUGUUCUUCAGACACCCGAGUGCUGAUAUGCUUCUCACGGAGUCUGAGCUUGACAAGAACUUAAUCCAAAAGGCCAAGAUCUUUCAUUACGGAUCAAUCAGUUUGAUCAAGGAACCUUGCCGAUCGACUCAUCUCGCAGCCAUGAAAAUCGCUAAAGCCGCAGGGAGUCUCUUGUCGUAUGACCCAAACUUGAGGUUACCAUUGUGGCCAUCAGAGGAAGCUGCAAGGAAAGAGAUCAUGAGUAUCUGGCAUCUAGCAGAUGUUAUAAAGAUCAGUGAGGAUGAGAUUACAUUCCUGACUGGUGGAGAUGAUCCUUACAGUGAUGAAGUUGUGUUGCAAAAGCUGUUUCAUCCAAACCUUAAGCUUCUUGUUGUUUCAGAAGGACCUAAUGGGUGUAGAUACUACACUAAGGCGUUUAAAGGUAGAGUUGGUGGAGUGAAAGUGAAAGCGGUUGACACAACAGGUGCAGGAGAUGCAUUCGUGAGCGGUCUUUUGAACAGCUUAGCUUCUGAUCUCACUCUUCUCACUGAUGAGAAGAAGCUAAGAGAGGCGCUUCUAUUCGCAAACGCUUGUGGAGCCAUUACUGUAACAGAGAGAGGAGCGAUUCCAGCGAUGCCCACCAUGGAUGCUGUUCAAGAACUUGUCAAAUCUUCUCGCUCCUGAAAAUGCUCAUAAAGUCUCUUUUUGAGUGAACUCAGUUCCAUUCCCUGUAUCUUUCUUUGUUUGUUUUUUCUCUCUUUUUUCCCAAUUUGUAGGAACUCGAGAAUGUUGUGUGUGUGUGUGUGUUGAUCUUCUGGAGUUUUGAUUUGGUUUUAAACUGCUUGUCGUUUAUUGUUGCGGAGUAAGGAUAUUUUAGUUUUAAA